CUGACCUUCACUCGUCAUGGGAGUUUUAAAAGUCUCACUCUUCGUUCUGGUGCUGUCCGUUUUGUUUUAUAUUUAUAAAGAAUACAAAUAUACACAGAAAGCACCUUUACCUUUCGAUGGACGAUUUCAUCCGGAUUUUAAAGAAGUUGUGGAUAAUUUCAGGGAGAACUUCUAUCGUGGAAUUGAGACUGGAGCCUCACUUUCGAUUUUUCACGAGGGGGAGCCAUUAGUGGACGUAUGGGGUGGGUAUGCUGAUGUGACCACGAAGAGACCCUGGACAGAAGACACACUUUCCAUUAUCUUCUCCGUCACUAAGGGAGUAACUGCUUUGUUGGUGGCAGUGUUUGUGGACAAGGGAUGGUUAGAUUAUAAAAAAUCUGUGGCGUAUUACUGGCCAGAAUUCGGGAAAAAUGGAAAACAUGAAAUAACCGUAGAAAUGCUUCUAAGCCAUCAGGGAGGUCUGUCUAUAACAAAUGGAACAGUUCCAAUGCAAUGGAUAGAAGAGCACCCAGAUAAGGUGUACAGGUUUCUAGAGGAGCAGACCCCUUAUUGGAAACCUGGAACUUCGUAUGCUUACCAUGCUAUAACAUACGGUCUUUAUGUCGAUUCCCUUUUAACAAAGGCGGAUCCAAAACACAGGCGUGUGGAUCAAAUUUUUAAGGAAGAAAUAGGAGACAAAUUUGGUAUUGAGUUUUACAAUGGACUUCCAUAUGACAAAUAUUAUAGGACGACGAGGUAUGACAUGACUCCGUUCCCUGUCGUGCUGUGGAAGACUCUGACGUCAUUAGAUUUUGAACCCCUUCUACUGAUCUACAAAAUAAUGAACAAGGAGUCCAUAGUGUCAAAAGCUAUAAACUCUGGGACUGAUCCAACCCAUCUAGAUACAGCGUAUAAUAUCCCAGAGUACAGUAAAAUUCCACAGUCUGCUUUAAACGGAUACAGUAAUGCUAGAAACCUUGCAAAGCUGUUUGGAAUCAUUGCAAAUGGAGGAAAAACCGAAAAAGGGAUUCUUCUAUCAGAGAAAACAAUUCGAGCACUAGAAGAAACUCUAACAUCUGGAACCAGUCUGGAUGGAACGAUAAUUCCGACAUUUGGCCGUGGAGUUACUAUGUUGAUGGAGGAUAAACAAAUGAUUGGGUUUGGACAUGGCGGGUAUGGAGGACAAAUAGCAUACGCGGACAAGCAGAGGAAGACAGGGUUUGCUUACGUCACUUCCCGGCUAAAGGAAGUCAGAAUGAUGCCUUUAUAUAGGGAAGUCAAACAGUAUAGUGAUAUAUAUUACAAAUGUCUAAAGAAACAUUUGCAAAAUAAAAGAGCGUAGCAGAUAAAAUAAACAAUAGUGUAGUGUUUUA